AUGAUUGUUACUGGAGAUGACUUUCAAGCCAUAUCUGAUUUGCAAUGUUACCUGGGCAAGCACUUUGAGAUGAAGAAUUUAGGAACCCUUAGCUAUUUUCUUGAUCUUGAGAUCUCAUCCUUGUCUAAUGGCUACUACUUAUCUAAAGCCAAGUAUGCCUCUAAUCUCCUAACUCGGUCUAGUAUCACUGAUUCUCUCACAUCCUCAACUCCUCUAGAUCUGAAUGUGCGACUCACUCCUUUUGAUGGUGUUCCUCUUGACGAUCCCACUCUGGAUCGACAACUUGUUGGCAGUUUGAUUUACUUAAUUGUGACCCAUCCUGAUAUUGCGUAUGUAGUUCACAUUGUUAGUCAAUUCAUGGCUGCUCCUCGCACUAUUCACUUCAGUGCUAUCAUCCGUAUUUUACACAAUAUUAAAAGCACUUUGGGUCAUGGUCUACAAUUCUCCUCACAGUCUCUCUGA